AUGGGUGGCAAGGUUCUUCUGAUCAGUUCUGUCUUGGUGGGGCUUGUUUCACUGAGCUCGUGCAGGAGCCUGGGAGAGUUGCAUGAGCAGAAGACCCACUAUGGGGGCUCACCAACUCCUACGCAUGGGUCAGGAGGAGGCUACAACCCGACACCUACACCAACUUACGGCACUACACCAACACCAACUUACGGCACUACACCGACGCCAUCUUACGGCACUACACCGACGCCAUCUUACGGCACUACACCGACGCCAUCUUAUGGCACUACGCCGACGCCAUCUUACGGCACUACACCGAGCACCCCAAGUACACCUUCCCAUGAUGUCCCUGCAAGUCCAAAGAAGCAUGGAUUCAUUGGAUCCUGCGACUACUGGAAGAAUCACCCAGAUGCUAUAGUUGCAGCUAUUGGGUCCCUUGGCAACAUCGGCAAGACAUUUGGUGCUGCAUGCAGUAUGAUAGGUGGCAAGAAGCUAGGAAAUAUGCAUGAUGCACUCUCAAACACUAGAACUGAUGGUAUUGGCGCCCUGAUACGUGAGGGGGCAGCUGCAUACCUCAACUCCAUUGUGAACAAGAAGUUCCCAUUUACCACCCAGCAGGUAAAGAACUGCAUCAUCGUGGCCGUGACCUCUGAUGGUGCUGCUUCUGCCCAAGCUGGGGUCUUCAAGAAGGCAAAUGAAUCCCACUACUAG